AUGUCAAAAGAAACUAAAGUUGAUGUUGUUACAUCAAACGUUGAACAUUAUUCCAAUGAUCUUGAAUCUAAUAAUGUUACUGGUCAUAUCCAGAAUGAUGGAUUAAAAAGAGGUUUAUUACCUCGUCAUAUUAUUUUAAUUUCAAUCGGUGGGGUUAUUGGUACUGGUUUAUUCGUUGGUUCAGGUAGUGCUUUAGCUACUGGUGGACCAGCUGCUUUUUUCACUGCUUAUUUAAUUAUUUCUUUAGUAGUUUAUCUUGUCAUGGUGAUGUUAACUGAAAUGGCUACAUUCUUACCUUUGAAAGGUAAAUCCAUUGCUACUAUGGGAUCUCGUUAUGUUGAUGAAAGUUUAGCUUUUGCUAUGGGUUGGAAUUAUUGGUAUGCUUAUAAUAUUUUAGUCCCAACUGAAAUUACUGCAGCUGCUAUUGUUGUUGAAUAUUGGACAAGUUCUGUACCUGUUGCUGCUUGGAUCACUAUUUUCCUUUUUGUUGUUAUUGCCCUUAAUUGUAUGCCUGUCAGAAUUUAUGGUGAAACUGAAUUUUGGUUUGCUUCUAUUAAAGUCAUUGCCAUCGUCGGGUUAAUUAUUUUAGGUAUCGUUAUUUUCUUCGGAGGUGCCCCAAAUCAACAUGGAGUUCAAGGGUUCCAUUAUUGGAAAACUCCAGGUGCUUUUGCCCAGCAUUUAGCCACAGGUAAUACUGCAAAAUUCUUAGACGUUUGGACCUCAUUAGUUAAGAGUGCUUUCGCUUUCGUUUUGGGUUCAGAAUUAGUCGUUAUUGGAAGUGGUGAAGCUAAACAAGCCAGAAGAUCUUUACCAACUGCUGCUAAAACUUUCGUCUAUCGUGUUUUAACUUUCUACAUCUGUGGAUCAUUAGUCAUUGGUAUCAUGGUUCCUUAUAACAAUCCAAAUCUUUUAACAGGUACUGGUAAUGCUGCAUCUUCACCUUUCGUCAUUGGUAUCAAAUUAGUAGGAAUUCCAGUCUUAGAUCAUAUCAUUAAUGCUGUUAUCUUAACUUCAGCUUGGAGUUCAGGUAAUUCCUAUUUAUAUGCUUCCACUAGAGCUUUAUUGAGUUUAGCUGAUGAUGGACAUGCUCCAAAAUUCUUCAAAAAAACCACCAACUGGGGUGUUCCUUUAACUAUCAUUCCUUGUGGUUUAUUCAGUUUAUUAGCUUACUUGAAUGUUUCAAGUAAUGCUGCUGAUGCUUUCACUUGGUUUUCCAAUAUUUGUACCAUUUCAGGUUUCUUUUCUUGGAUUACUAUUAGUAUUUGUUACCUUAGAUUUAGAAAAGCUGUUCAAGUCCAAGGUAUUUAUGAUACUUUACCUUACAAAGCACCUUUCCAACCAUAUGGUGCUUAUUUCAUCUUAAUUUUUGUUUCAAUUCUUACUUUAACUAAUGGUUAUGCUGUUUUCUUUGAUUUCAAUGGUUCAGAUUUCGUUGCUGCUUAUAUCACCUUACCAUUAUUCUUUAUUCUUUACUUUGGACACAAAAUCUAUAAUAGAGUUGUUCAUGGAUAUACCAGAUGGUACAUUCCAGCUGAAGAAGUUGAUUUAGUCACUGGUUUAGAUGAAAUCGAAGCUGAAGAAGCCGCUCACCCUUAUAAUCCUCCAAAAGAUUUCAAAGGUAAAGUAUGGCAAUUAGUUGCUGGUUAA